GACUGCAGCUAUAGGUCACCGAGAAAGCGACGCGCCACGCAUGGCUGUUAUACACUGCGUCGGUCCGGAGGAGGAGAGCUGGAGAGGAAACUGAGCAGCGCCUCCGAGAUAAGAGAUCAGACAAACACAGCAAGCAGCGUGCCGUUUGGGAUGGUUUCGCGUUCCACUGUCAGAUACCACCACCACUAAGCGCUGAACAAAUCUCCAAAGCGGAGGGUAAUGAUGACAUCACAAAUUCAGACUGAUACAGUGUGAUCCAUCAUUCCUGGCCUGACAUUGACAUGGCAACAGGCAGGAAGGGGUCGACCUCGAAGGGAGGAAGCGUGCAUUUCCCUGACGACGAGGAUGCCAUGGGCUCCCCUGUUCACCGUGAGGACAAAGCCAAGGAUUCGGCCAUCCCUGCUCUCCCAGAGCCUGAUGGGAACUUCCUGGUUAAGGUAGGGUUCCUGAGGAGUCUGCAUCGUUAUGAGAUCGUCUUCACCCUCCCAGAGGUGCCUGUGCUGGGGAAAGAUGUGUGCUCCCUCCCUUCCUCUUCAUCACCGACGCCCAGACCCCUCCUCAAAGUCAACCGUGUCACACCCACACCAGAGGGUGGGGUGAAGGUGACGUGUGAGUACACCACCCACCAGGAGGGGGUGCUGCAGGAGGAGCUGACCCUGGUCAGCCGGGGAAAGAGGGACCAACGUCUGCAGGUCAGACUACAGGCCCGGGUCAUGGAUCGUCAUCAUGGUACUCCUAUGCUGCUGGAGGGGGUGCGGUGUCUGGGGGCGGAGAAAGAAAAAAGGAAAUGAGCCGUCCGUCCCUUUAUAUCUUCCCCCUCCUGUAGAGACCAGCCAUCGUCCGUCCCUUUAUAUCUUCCCCCUCCUGUAGAGACCAGCCAUCGUCCGUCCCUUUAUAUCUUCCCAACCCCUCCUGUAGAGACCAGCCAUCGUCCGUCCCUUUAUAUCUUCCCACACCCUCCUGUAGAGACCAGCUGUCGUAGUGGAGCAAAACCAGCACUUACCUGCACUUAGCCGCACACAGGCAUGCACCCGUAGUGGCACACACACACACACCUGAGGAAGCUGAUGGGAGGUGCUAUAGGGACGGCUUAUUGUAAAGACUGGAAUGGAAUGUGGAACGGUAUCAAACAUAUGGAAACCACGUUUGACUCCGUUCCAUGAAUUCCAUUCCAGCCAUUACAAUGAGCCCAUCCUCCUAUAGCUCCUCCCACCAGCCUCCUCUGACACACAAACACACACACACACACACACACUGAAUUUUUUGUGAUUAGCCCUGUAAUGAAGACCAAGGUGUCCAUGAUUACUUAAAGUUCCACAAAUCUAAAAUGACACAUUCCUCAGUGAGGGAGCCAAUGUGUUUCUAACAUACACUGUAGGUCCAUUAUAUAACCAGGCACUGCAGCUCUUUGCUUCUCGUCCCUUCUGUCGUUCUGCAACAAGAGCCAAGCGUUAACCUGCCUUAAACGAACAGAAAUAUGAUUUAACAUUUUAAUUAGGCACGUCAAAAUAACCUGUCGUUGUAUUAUGAUAAACAUUGAGUGGACAAAACAGUAAGAACACCUUCCUAAUAUUGAUUUGCACCCCCCAUUCACCCUCUGAAUGUCACACAUACACAAUCCAUGUCUCAAUCCUCUCAAGGCUUAAAAAUCCUUCUUUAGCCUGUCUACUCCCCUUCAUGUACACCGAUUUGAAGUGGAUUUAACAGGUGACAUCAAUAAGGGAUCAUAGCUUUCACUUGGAUUCACCUGGUCAGUCUUCCUAAUGCAAGUGUUCCUAAUGUUUUGUCAACUCAUUGUACAGUAUGUGUUCUGUGUGAGCGCCAUCUUUCACCAACUAUGUAAGAGUAUGCCUUUUAGUCUAUGUGUCCUGCAAAACUGUCUGUUCUGUACUAGAUUCUCCUAUAUCUCUGUCAGUAAAUAAAAUAUCAUGUCAACUGUUAA